AUGAUACUUGUCGAUCAUUAUUAUCAAUGUACGUUUGGUUAUGUCGAUCAUGUUCGUCAUCCAAUUGAACAUAGUUGGGAAUUCGCUCGUAAAACGAUUAAACACAAUGACAAAGUUGAUUUCAAUGGUGAUAUAUCAUCAACAACUAUUCGAGAAAUAUCCAUUCUUAAAAUGCUCGAUCAUCCAAAUAUUAUCAAACUCAUCCAUGUUGAAUAUAAUUUGAAUAAAAAAGAUUUUCUUUCAUUUUUUCUUGAAAUGUUUCCUAUAGAUCUUAAACGAUACAUGGAUGCAUGUUUAAGUACAGAACGAUUAUCUGCUAAACUCAUACAAAAUUAUACAUAUCAAAUAUUAUGUGCUAUUGAUUACCUUCAUCGACAUGCCAUUAUUCAUCGAGAUAUAAAACCAUCGAAUAUUGUAAUUGAUUAUGAUGGUCAUUUAAAAUUAACUGAUUUUGGUCUUGCUCGUCGUUGUCAUUUACAUGAACAAGCAUUAACACAUGAAGUUGUAACUCUUUGGUAUCGUCCACCUGAAGUAUUACUUAAUGCACCAACUUAUGGUAUGUCUUUGGAUAUAUGGGGUGUUGGUUGUGUAUUUGCAGAAAUGUGUCUUCAUCGACCAUUAUUUCGUGGUGAAUGUGAAAUAGAUCAAUUAUUACUUAUUUUUCGUUUUCCAAAUUUUCCAUUCAAUAGUAUUGAAUUAUCUCAAUUACCGAUGUCAAGAACUUGUCGACAAUUUCUAACAGAUAUUCUUGUCUACAAUCCACAAACUCGUCCACUAGCUAAACAAUUACUAGAAUAUCAUCGAUAUUUUACUUGUUCAUCUAAUAUUAAUUUAGAAAAACCUAUUAAAUCUAGCAUAGAUCGAGCUAUUCAAUUACAAACUGAAAAUAUGAAACAUAUUGUUAUUUAA